AAGUUGGCAACACUGCGUCGGAGCGAAGACUUGUCUGUAAACAAAACAAAUCACAAAAGGAUAACAUAGUUAACUGAAAUAAUAAUACCCCCAUGCUUUUGCAUUUAUCGAUUGCUGCGAGCCGACACGACGCUACCCCCCCGCGCACCUCACCCCAUUUAUCAAUCUACCUUCAAUAAUAUCCAAUAUCUAUAGUUUCUUUGUUCCGGCAUUUCAACCCAGUUCCAAACAAAAUACUGCAAUGACUUCAAGAACUAUAGAAGAAGAAGGUGCAGGGGCUGAGGAAGUUAUUCCUGAACAGGUCUUAGACAAGGCUCCAGGAAUGGCUGAAGAGGCUCCAAAAGGGGCCCCUGACGUGCCCCCGGAAGGCGCACACGCUCCCGCCGCACCAGAUGACAUUCCUCAAGAAGGUGCUCAAGCCCCCGCUGCACCUGCUGACAUGCCUCAAGAAGGCGCUCAUGCGCUCGCUGCACCUCAUGACAUGCCUCAAGAAGGAGCUCAAGCCCCUGCUGCUACUGCUGACAUGCCUGAAGAAGACGCUCAAGCCCCCGUUACAACCCCAGACAUGCCUAAAGAAGGUGCUCAAGCCCCCUCUGUCCCAGCUGAGAUCCCCCCAGAGGGCGCUCAGGCCCCCGCUGCACCUGCUGACAUGCCUCAAGAAGGAGCUCAAGCACCCGCAGCACCCCCUGACAUGCCCAAAGAAGGCGCUGAAGCCCCUGCUACUCCUGCUGACAUGCCUGAAGAAGGCGCUCAAGCCCCUACUGCUCCUGCUGAUAUUCCCCCAGAAGGCGCUCAAGCCCCGGCUGCCUCUGCCGAUGUCCCCCCAGAGGGCGCCCAAGCGCCGGCUGCUCCUGCCAAAAUACUACCAGAAGCUGCCCAAGCACCUGCGCAACCUGAAAAUGUUGUAGUGACAAAAACAAUGAGAGAAUUUCCUGUUACAUCUGAGCACUAUGUGCAAGUGACGCACAUCAACCACCCACACAGCUUCUUCGUGAGGCUGCCGGGGCAGGAGGAGCUGCUGGCCGCAUUGUCUGCGCCCGGAGAGCCCCUGGAGGGCGAGGUGCAGCCCGGGGCGCAGGUUGUCGUCUACUCACCACAGGCUAACACUACAGUGAGGGGAAAGGUAUAUCUUGUAGACACAGAAAAAGAGACGUGUGACAUCUACGCCAGGGAUUAUGGGUUCACUGAAAACAAUGUACCAAUAAAGAGUUUAUAUAAAUCUCCCCAAGCGACAACUCCCUCAUUGGCCAAGAUGUGUCAACUGGCUCACUGCCAGCCGAUCGGCGACUACUGGAGCGAUAAAUCCAUUGAAGCUAUGAAGUAUUAUUUGGGAAAAGAACGGACCAAAAUAGUAGUUCAGGCACACUGGCGUGACAUCCUGCUGGUGGACCUGUACAACAACAUGUGCCCCGACGACGUGGCCACCAUGAUGGCCCUCACCGGGUACACCACAUUGGGUGCACUUCAUAGAACUCUCUUUGUGCAACCUUUCCCCAUUCCCAAUAUGAGGUGCUUCAAAUUCCGUGAGCUGGAGCCGGGCACCAAGCUGCACGUGAGGACCCUGACCGGCAGGACACUGCGCUCGUUCUACGUGGCUGAAGUGAGUGACUACGACAAGUACGUGGAGGAGCACGAGAAGUUCCACUCGGCGGUGCUCACGGCCGCGGCCGCGCUGCCCGCCGCCGACAUGCAGAAGGGGGAGCCCGUCAGCGUGUACACCAACGACCAAUCCAAAUAUGAGCGCGCUGUCAUUACUCAGGUAAACUAUCCAGUGGGAAGACCUUUCGUAUGGUUCGUGGACGCCGGCGGGCAGGCGGAGGCGCGCCGCGAGGACCUGAAGGUGCUGCCGGACCAGUGGCUGGAGCGGCCGGCGGCGGCGCUGUACUGCGCGCUGCCGCGGGACAAGGCCAAAGACCCCGCGCUGCAGGAGCUGCUGCAGCCCGGCCGCCAGUUCCACAUCACCAUCAAAUCACUGGGCAAAUUACUUGAAGAGCCAAAUAUUGUAAGCAUUGAUGAAGUAGUUGAAGUACUUGAAGAGCCAAAUAUUGUAAGCAUUGAUGAAGUAGUUGAAGUACUUGAAGAGCCAAAUAUUGUAAGCAUUGAUGAAGAAGUUGAAGUACUUGAAGAGCCAAAUAUUGUAAGCAUUGAUGAAGAAGUUGAAGUACUUGAAGAGCCAAAUAUUGUAAGCAUUGAUGAAGAAGUUGAAGUGCUUGAAGAGCCAAAUAUUGUAAGCAUUGAUGAAGUAGUUGAAGUGCUUGAAGAGCCAAAUAUUGUAAGCAUUGAUGAAGUGCUUGAAGAGCCAAAUAUUGUAAGCAUUGAUGAAGUAGUUGAAGUAAAACCAUAAACAUAACUUGUAAAAAGCCAAGUUCGCAACUAAACUUUAAAGAGAUGUGAGAAAAAUCUUGUAUAUCUUAAAUGAAUUGAUUGCGAGACUUGGCUCUUUAAGGCUGCGUCCACGACUAAUAAAUAUGAAGUUGAACACAACAUCUGUGCGGGCCGCACCGCUUGCUGGCGUCGUGGACGCGGCCUUACAAGUUAUGUUUUUAAGGGUGAGGCAUGUGUGAGACCGAAAUUAGGCGUUUCACACACAACCACUAGUUAUUGUAUGACACACCCUAAUGCCAUCUUAUUUAAUUUUGUAAGUAGAUAUGUAAUCCAAGUUUUUUUACCAUGUAUCAUGAUUAUCAUGAUUUUUACACUAUUUUAGGUAAGUAAGUACCUAUAGGUAUUUUAGUUGAUUUGUACGGUACGAAAUUAUAAAACUGAUAAAUUAGACUGCAGGGUUAGGACAGGGAACCGAUUUGAUAAAACAUAUAUAUUGGUAACAGGGAGGUAGAAUAUGAAAUUGUAACACUGGAGCAUCCAGAAAUAUUAUUUCUAUUUAAUAGAAAACAUGUUUUACGGUCGAUGUAGCUGAGAGGCUGAGAGAAACGUUCGUGUUUAACUUAUAUGUGUAUAACACACAUUAUUAUCAUAGGUAUACCUUUUAUAACCAUUAUUUAAACUAUUUUAAAUGUAGGUAAAGUAAACCCAGGAUAAGUUGCAUAAGAUAUAUAAACUGGUCACGCUGAAAAAUACAAAGAGUAAUGACGUUGUAUCACCGAUAUCCUUCACUGUGCCAGUCUAUCUUGUACAGUCAGCUGCAUAAGUAGCUGUACACUUUUGUACGUUGUCAAACUCACAAACUGCCUAUUACAACAUUGACAGUUUGUUUUGUAGCUAAUUUGAUAAGGAACAAAAGUGUAUAGCUACUUAUGCAGCUAACCGUACAUUGACUUAUUUUUGUUUUACUACAUUAUGUGAUAAAUGUACAACUCGCGAGCUUCUCGUUAGAGAAGUAUUUAUGUUCCUAGGCGGAGAUGUACUACACAUGUAUAAUCUUAUUUUACGAAUUGAUAGGUAUUUACAUGAUGCAUUUAUUAUUAUUGCAUGCAACAAUGUAUCGUACGAUUUAAAAAAAGUGUAAUACCUAUCUAGAAAUCUCAGAAUAAAUGCCUGACAAAAUCA